AUGAAGGCGUACGUAGUGCCAUGGUUUAUAGUGGUCAUUGGUUAUAUUUGUUUUACAAGAGCAGAAUAUACUAGUAAUAAACUAAAAACAGAAGUAGAUUUAGUUAUAAAUGGCCUAGAACAUUUAGACUGGUCUGAACAAGAGAAGCUUUGUCUAGACCAAACGCUACGAGUCCUGAAUGGAGUUAAGAAUUAUACUGUUUGGGCUGUUUGGAUAUGGAACUCCAUGCACCACCCAGCGGGUAGUUUCUACGGUUCCAGAUAUAGUUUGGGCAACUACGACCAAUGUUUAAAAGCUCCUUCUAAUUUUGGUGACCCCAAAAUUGAGACACAAUACUGUCUCACUGACAUCAAGUUAACUGAUAAAGAAGAUCAGAAGUAUGGAAGUGCUAAUGAACAUGAUAAAACUGAAGAGUUUUUGAGUGUCAAAUCCAAAGAAGGCAGGAAAGCCGACACUAUAUCCUGGGGAGUCUGCCUACCAGCAGUGUGUAGCCAUCAGUCUGUCUCCAAGAUCCUCAAAGCCAUCUACCUGGUGAACCCCAUCACUUCCUUAGAUCCUCAGAUCUCAGUGGACUAUUGUGAUAAGGCUGGAGAAAAGCCAGUGUACAGCUUAAGGUUUUAUAUAUUUAUAUUCACAAUCACUAGCCUAAUUAUCACCACGAUUGCAUCAUCACUGUACCUCGAGUACAACAACACAGAUUCCACACUAAGAAGAAUAGCUUACUCCUUCAGUCUCAGGAGGAACUGGUCAUCGUUUGUCAAGAUCACUGAUGAUGAGAUCCCUGUCCUCAGUUUUACAAAGGCCUUAGUGUUGUCGCUCACAACUUGUAUUCACGUCUUCGUGUUUAUUGUCGCUGGGUCUAUUAGCAAUGGACAUGAUUAUGAUGGUUUAAUAAGUGUGAAAGACAAUAUUUUCGGGAACACCAUCCAGCAUUUAGAUCUACCAUCUGUGGAGAAUUUCUUCGUCAUAUCUGGAUUUCUUCUUAUGAAAGGUCUUAUGGAGAAGAAACGGAAUCCUGUCAUCACUUUAGUCCAACGAUAUAUUAGAUUAAUAGGAUCUUUCUCAGUUCUAUUAUUCUAUACUCUGGCGGUAUCAGAGUAUACUGGCGAUGGACCGCUAUGGAAGAGAAUUAUUGGUAGAGAGCAGAAGGCAUGUGAAAAGUCCUGGCUCGUUGGACUUCUGAUGCUUGGUAACUACGUGGAUAGUGAUAAUAUUUGCCAACAAGUAUCCUGGUACAUACCAGCAGAUUAUCACUUGGCAGUGAUGGGCACUGCCCUCUUCUGCCUCUGGCAAUGGAACAGACAGAUUGGCAAGAUCACCACCAUCAUAGCUGUUAUUUACUCCAUGGUGAUUACUGGUAUCACCACUUAUAACAAAAGAUUGCCUGGCAUACUGUUGUAUGAUGUCGAGAAAGUGAUCCAUGUGAGGGACAAUGUCGUGUAUACUGAUACGUAUAUGAAGAGCCACCAUAGAGCUGGGUCCUACUUCCUUGGCAUGGCUAUGGGGUACAUCAUCACUGUGUAUAGGCCUACUAAAUAUAGAGGAGUUAUUUCCAAGGAAUGUUCGUACUUAGGUCUCGCGGCAGCUUUUAUGUUAGGUCUGAAAGUACUAUCGUCGGCCCCGGCAUGGUGCCUUGGGGAAUACAACGCUUGGAGCUCGGCAAUCUAUGCGGCACUCAACAGAAACUUAUGGGCUUUGGCAACAUGUGUUUGUAUCGGAAUUACUGAGUACGGGGAUGUCCAAAUCCUUCGCAAGUUCAUGGCUUGGCCCGGCUUCACAAUCUUCAGUCGUCUAGCAUACGGGGUCUAUAUAACCCAUUCACUUAUCCUUGAAAGGUUCCUGUUCUCACAACGAAAUCCCAUGCAUUAUGACAUGUUUAACUUGAUACUAAUCGGAAUAGGAGUGCUCGUAAUAUCGGCAGCACUCGCUGUACUGCUCUGGCUGUUUAUCGAGUCGCCUUUAAGCAACUUGGCUAAUCUCGUUCUAAUCCCUACAAAGAAAGCAUCGAAUGGAAUUGAAAAUGUAAAGGAAAUCAACGGACAGAGUAAAAUUACAGAGAUGAAGACAAAAACAUUGUGA